AUGACUGAGUUUAUGCACUUGAUUUCAGUGGAAAGUUGCAAUGACAUCCCCUUCCCUCUUUUCCCUAUAGCACGCACGCUGGCUAGGACACACAGCUAUACCUCUGAAGGCCAACGGACCGGAUCCGAAAAGCGGGAAGCAGAUGCGUGUUUAGCCACCGAGUCGAUACAGUUGCGCCAGCUCACUCGCCAGCAGCACCAUCGUGAGGUACGUCCAAUGAAAGUUGUGGUUGAGAAGCCCGAAGUUCCGCAGGUGAAGCUGUUGUCGGCAGCUGGCCAGCUGGGGCCCGACACGUUCAAGGGUGAAUACCUGGGCUUGCAGGAGGAUGAGACACUGAGCAGGAUCGUGAUCUUUUUCAAUAAGAGCUUCGGGAGGCGGGGAUGA